AGUAAUUAGCAUUACAAGUUCUAGACAGGGAACUAGAAAAAAGUCAGAACAGGGCAAAUUUUCAAAUGUUCACAUGAGAGUCCAUUGGAGUUUCUUCACAAGGACACAGUCUUUAAUAGAAGCAGCUCUGUAUGUCAGAAUCUUCUGGAAGACUUCAGAUCAAGAGAUAUCCAUACCCAGCCCCUAGGGACGCUAUACUGUUGGUCUAGGCUAAGGCCAAGUCCCAGGGCCAGAAUUUACAUUUAUUUAUUAUUUAUUUUAGUGGGGAGGGGUGGUUAGAGGAAAGCUUGCAGGAGUCAAUUCUCUCCUUCCACCAUAAAGGUUCCUGGGAAUCAAACUCAGGUCAUCAGGCUCAGUAUCAAGUGUUCUUAUUUGGUAGGCCAUCUGGUCAGUCCCCAGGGCCAGAAUUUAAAGAUCUCCCCAAGUGAGCUUCACAGCAAGAAGGAGGCCAAUCUGCUCUCUCACCAAGUUCAGUAGAAGAUGCUGCAUUGUACAAUUUCUCCCACAUUUGUAGAAUUACCCAUGUAAAUAGGUUCUGUCACUAUAGAUUUAAUUUAAUGCAAGCUGUUGGGUAGGCGUGUCCUCCGAGAGAACUAGCACUGAACCCCAAAAGGCUCUGUAGGCACAGGGGGAGACAGUCACCCCUCUCACCCAAUCAGUCAGCUUCAACUGCAUGUAGGGGAGGGUCUAAGGACAGAGGCUGAGGAAGCUAGGAAGUAGUGGAAAGUCACCAACAUGGUGAGGUGGGGGGGCAGAUCUAAAAAGCUUAGCCAAGAUGUAGGGAAAGAGCCCAUGGUUGUAUGCGUUUGUAAGUAACUUUCAGACUUUAUAAACUUUAUACAAAAACCCAAAUGGAAUUCAUAGUGUCGGUUUUACUGGUCGGCAUUAGGACCUUGUGGCCCUGGGAUCCCAGAGUGCAAGUGUAGGUCUCCCAGGAGAGAAUUUGGCAUUACACAAGCAAGAAAAGUUAGAGAAGAUUCACUAUGAACAGGAGUCUAAGAAGGUGAGAACUACUGACACUAGGACAGUGCUUGAAGGGACAAUAUACACGAGGCUAGGUGGGACCAAGUAAAGGGUGGGGUGAUGAAAGAUGGCAGGGUGCCUUGCUCAGAUGUGGGAUAAUAAGGUAGAGGGAGAAAUCUGUUUUGAAGGAGGAGCUUUCUUGGGCUGAAGGGGAUCCAGAACAAGCAACAUGUAGGAGAGGGUUAUUAGCCACGUGGUGGCAGCAGAGGAUAGGAGAAGAGCUGGACAAUAACCAACUACAACCCUUCACAGGUCACCCUCCCUCCCCUGGACAUGGCCUCCAACUUCAGACCCUGUGACACUGGGUCCCACACUCUAGGAAGCCCCCAUCCCUCUGACCACAUGUGCCUAGGCCUCUCUCCUACUUGUCACUACAAGUAAUGGAGCAGCCUCAGCCUUCCACCUUUCCAAGUACAGACCAGGCCCAGAUAGUGCAUUAAGCAGAGGUGGUGGGAGGUCCCAUACUUGAAGGCAGAUCUAGAACCAUCACAGCACCUUUUGCUGAAGCCUGGAGGCCAAGUAUAAUCUUUGGUAGUCAGUCUCUCUUCCCUGUUAAUCAACCAUCACUAGGUUCACUCUGACUGGACUUACUUCAUUUACCCCAACUUGUCUGUCAAAAGCCCCUUAUGAUCCACCCAAGUCUGGCACUUCUCUUGGCACAGAGACAUGCCUGGCCCAGUUGGCCUGCCAGGUCCUGAUGGACCCGCCCAUGGGCAAAGUGCCACCUACUAAGGCAUAAAAGCCUGGGAUCCCCCAAGCAGCUCCUAAGACUGUCAUCAUGAAGAGGAACAGUACCCUUCUGCUGGUGGCCUUUACCCUGCUCUGCAUCUGUGGGCUGGCCACAGGAGAGGAUGACAAUGAGUUUUUCAUGGAAUUCCUACAAACGCUGCUAGUGGGAACCACAGAGGAGCUCUAUGAGGGUCCCCUGGGAAAGUACAAUGUCAAUGAUGGUGCCAAAGCAGCACUGAACGAGCUCAAGUCCUGCAUUGAUGGCCUGAAGCCUGUGUAUAAGGAGGAACUAGUCAAGCUGCUGGUAAUGAGGCUGGGAUUCCCAUCCCUAAAUUCUUUCAACAGCCACCCACCCAUGCAUGACCCUUAAUCACCAGUCUACCCUCCACCUCCAGACCUACCUCAUCACUGAGGUAGAGAGACCCCCACAGGGAAACCCAGAGAGUCCCUUAGUCUUCCUUCCCCAAACCCAUGGACUAUGCCCCACACAGGUAGUGCAUAUGCAUGUAAUCCUUCCUAGGUGGAGGGUAGACUACAAUGUGCAGGAGCCUGUCUACUCCAGUGAUAGGGACAUAGGCCUGUCUGUCUCUGGAACCUGUGGCUUUCUGGUUGUGGGUCACCAGCUCUUCUGGCAUGCACACAACUACCUUACAGGUGCAAGUGCUGGACGGUCAGGAGGACACCUAAGCAGGUACCAGUCAGUCAUGGCUCCCAAGAACCAUAGGACCAGCCAGCCACACAAACAGCCAUGGACAUGCUGAGACUGCUGCUUCCUGAGUAAAUUCACCCUCAAACCAUUAAAUCAAUAAAGUCUCCUGCAGCCCAGGCACUGGCUUCUGUUUC